AUGGCAUCUCGUGCACCGACAGGAUGGUCAACAUCCCGGAGAGCGAUGCACUACAAGGCCGUCAUUCCAGAACGAGAUGAUGGGCUAUUUUUGAAUCUUCACAAAAGAGUAAAGAAGAGUCUGUUACCAAAGGGCAGUCGAGACGACGAAGAAAAUGGGAAAAUAGCUAAAAGAAUAUUAUCCAGACAAAGACGGAUACACGAAAAACAGCGCCAAUCUAGGUGGAACAAGAGUGAUUCAUCUAAUCUGGACUUAGUGUCAUAUAAACCAAAGUAUGACUCGUCUGUGUCCACUGUUGCCCCGUCUACGUCACACCUGAUGCACAAGCGACAAAUAUAUCUGCCACCUGUCGGUCGGACCACGUGCAUGACUUCAGAUUCAAGCUACACCUCGGACGAUAUAGACCGCAUAGUGAUGAGACUUACGAUGUGCGAUUUAGCGAGGGUUCCGGAAUCCAAAGGAUACGUAAAAAUCACUCCACAAACUAAACGUCGUGGUAAAUUCUAUAGCCAGAGGGAAGUCACAGGCAUUGUGGACCGACUCUCAGACUUCGACCAGGAAAAGCACCCACCCGAAUCUCGGGGAAACACUUCAGCCGUAAGGAGAAUAAAAGAAUGGAAAAAACAAGCAAUCGUUUGUGACAAUUGA